AUGGGCUGCCCAGAAAAACCAUCAGAUUGUGGGCCUCAAUUCAAUGCCAAACCUGCGCCAAGUAUACAAGCGUUUGGGGAUAGAGCCACACUUCUCAACAGCCUACAGACCCCAAGUGGAUGGGCAAAGCAAGAUGACUGGGUUGCUCUCCUUCCCUUGGCAGAAUUUGCAUAUAACAAUGGGGUUCAUGCUGGGUCCAAACACUCUCCUUUUUACCUCUGUUAUGGGUACAAUCCAGAUUUCACUGUUGGGGAUAUUACUGUUACCCAAGUCCCUCAAGCAGAUGAACUGGCUGAGUUCUUGAAGAGAAACCUGGAGGAAGCCAAAGCUGCAUUAACCAUGGCCCAGAACAAGCAAGCCUUCUACUAUAAUAACAAGCACAAGGCAGCAAUCAAGCUUGAACCUGGUGAUAGGGUCUUCUUAGACAGCAGCAAUAUCAAAACUUCAAGGCCUUCCCACAAACUUGAGCACAAGAGGUUGGGACCAUACAAAGUCUUGGAGAAGAUUGGCAAAGAGAGCUACAAGUUGGAACUUCCAAAAUCUAUGAAGAUCCAUCCAGUAUUCCACACAGCUCUACUCCACAAGGAACCCUUUGAUGAAUUCCAGCGCAAACCCAAACCUUUGCCUCCUGUAAUUACCCAAACAGGAGAAGAAUAUGUGGUGGAGAAGAUCUUGGAUUCCAGGAAGCAAGGAAGGAACCUGUGGUACUAUGUCAAGUGGAAAGGGUAUGGACCAGAAGAGAACACCUGGGAACCCAAAAGUCACUUGGCCAAUGCACCAAAACAGGUUGCCAAAUUCCACCAGCUACACCCAGAUGCACCUGGGCCUUGA